AUGCAGCAGGCGCAGAAGCCGUCGUCGUGGGAAUAUGAUUUCUCUCGACAGGAUUACUACUACUACGACCCGACGGACAACUGCUACGUUUACCAAAAUCUCGGUCGAGUGUACCCUGGGCAAAGCGAGAACGCACAGAAUGUCUCUACCAGAGUGGAAGGUGGACCACCGGAGCAAAUUACGGAACCACCGGCACUGCGAAGCGGAAUGCGAGCUCAUAGGCGAGUCAGAGGGGGAGCGGGAGAGGCGGAGCGUCUCGAUCCUCGCUACGUCAAACAUUUCCCGGGUCGGGACUUUUACAAAGUUGGGAAGGUAUUCAAAGUCUUGUGGCCUGAGCCUGCGAGCAAUGCAAAUGCAGGAGCGGCGUUUGUCACUGGGGCUUUCAAUGAACCAAUUCACAACAAAAUACGAUGGUUUAUCGUGAUUCGAGAAGGGAGGGAUUGCUGUACAUGCCUGUCAAUACAGACGUACAACCGCCAGGGUGUUGCCAAGCCGGGUGUGGAUAAGACGGAGCAUUCUGUAGUCUACACUGGGUCACGACCUCCCGAGAUUCCGGAAUGGGAAGAUCCGCAUGGAGAAAUGCUUCAGAGCAUUCCUAUUGUGGCGACCGACCCCACCCAAGCCAGAAUGGACGUCAUGUCUCGGCUCAACUAUGCAAAGCCAUAUACGGUAGAGCAUAACGUCAAGUCUCUUGACUAUGGAGUUGUCGCUCCGGGCUGGACUGACUAUUUACGCGAAAAUUUCCUAAGCGUCCUGCAGCGAGACACACUGAGUCUUGCUUCAACGGUUUCCCUGAACCCCGCGCUCGCAUAUUCACCUCAAGAGACUCCGGAAGAAGCAACAUAUCCACCUCAGCAAGGCCAUAGCUCAACGGGAUAUCCGAACGAGCCAUGGCCUUAUCCCCGCCCGGAACCAUAUUCCACCUCACAACCCGAUGAGGAAGUGGUACAUGACCGAGAACGAACCGAACGAAGCAGAAGUCCUCGCCGGCCAAGUGUGGACAAUGCAAUCGAAAAUCACAGACGAAGCCCGUCAGAGAGGCAACAGCCAGCGGUACCAGAUAGGUCAAACUCUUCGCAAAAAGCGUCAGAUCAAGAGCUUCCAGAUGAGACAUCUCCACCACCCAUACAAGACAACCAAACCCAGGGUAAACCAGGCGUGAAAAAGGCCGAAGCACAUGAUCGAGGGCAAGCCCAUUCAGAUUCUGGAUAUCAUACUGGGAAAGGUACAGACACGGAAUCUGUCUGCUCAGACAGGUCGACCGGCAGCUCUCUCGGCAUCCCUACGGAUUUCUUGCAUGAUCUCAUUGCAGACUUAGGGGAUAACCUGAUCGAGAAAGCCGGAGUGCGUGCAUGGGCACCGUGUGCUUUGGCAAGUCAAACUACGGCUGCCAUAGAGCGUCACUUGACCCGUCUUCUGAAAAAUUACGCAAUUGACCUCGAAGACUUUGUUUCGGGAUUGGAUGAGCAUAGUGGUUCCAUGAAGACUCUCGCCGCAUCCAACUCCAGCAUGGAAAAAAGAGCAAUUCGUAUCGUUCGGAGAUAUCGGCCCAAGAUCGCGCUCUAUUUGCUCGAAAAUGCGCUGUCCCCAAGAAGCCCCGAUGCAUCAAUGCUAUCACGCAUCCGAGAGUCGGUUACCCAGCUCUCUUUGCCUGAGAAGUUCAACUUGUUUGUUGAUGAAAAAGAUGAUGACGACGAAGAGGAAGCAAUCUCGAACAUCAGCGCAGCCAUAGAAUUCCUACUCGCUGGGCCACCGUUCGAGAAGUUGAUGACUGAUAUGCGCCGUACCUUGUACUGUGACGAUCAACACCAGAUGCAGCACAUCAAAGAGGUGAUUACAAGCAGUGUCAUUGCGGCCGAGCCUUGUCCCGAGUGUUCUUACAACGGAACGACAGUGGACACUCAAUGCGAACACCACCCUGUGGACCGACUUUGUCGCACAUCGUCCUCGAUCGAAUGGGAUCCCAUUGAGUUUCUGGAAACUCAGUACGGUGAUUCAAGGCCAUCAUUGGGAAAUAUACUUGUUCUGAGUGGCUCAGGCCUCUACGCUCACGCAACCACAUGCGGUGAUUAUCUUCGGUCUGUCUGGCCAUCCAACUGCGAUAUACUUCUGCCUCUGCUUGAAGCAUCGCUUCAAAAAACAAUCGCACAUCUUUCAUUGGAAGACGGAGGAUCCAUCUGCAUCAAAGUGGAGACUAGAUGGCUCGAGAAAAAGAAACAAAACUCUAUCCGAGUCGAACUGGAUGCCACAAUCGAAUUCACUGUUGAGAUUGUGCAACAGAUCUCAUGGCUUGCCGCUGCGCUCAGGGGAGAGCUUUCCGAGGCUGCUGUGUUAUAUUCAGAGCCAGGAAUAACCCAGGAAGCGUCGUUUGAGCAGGGCUCUACCAGCUUCCACAUAUCCGUCGCCCAACGACCUUUGGAAUCCAUCGAAUCAUCAUGCUGGUUUCCUCUUUUCAGCGGCGCCAGAAUCGCUCGCGGAUUUCCCAUUCCAGAUAGGGGCAAUGAAUCAGGUCUGGAAAUCUCAAUCGACAUCCUUGCAGCAUUGACCGGUGUCAGACACGCCGUGGAAUUCCAAGGUGGUGUGGUCUUGAAGGGCUUCUCGACCAUGCUCGUACCCACCGCAAGGGUUCAGGAUAGGGUUCGAUGGCACCUCAUACGAAGCGACGAUGGCAAAUUCCUUUCUUAUGAAGAUGGGAUCCAGCAAUGUCCGAACAGAUUGAUAAUUCACGAGCUCGACUUGAGCGCUGUUCGAUCUACCAGGACGAUCCUCGGCUGGUGUAGCGCGGCCAAACUGUUUCUCGGGAGUGAGACGAUCAACUACGACAACCUUCACUACUCUGGCUCCCAUUUGAAGGACUUCCAUUCGCAUCUCAACGUAUCUGGAGGAUCCUUCGGGUUUUCGCAACUCGGUGUGGGGCAACUCAAUGUCGCUUUCGGUGCCAAAGAUGGGAAAUGCCAUUACGAGAGAAAAGGUGGCCCGUACAACACGAUUGUUGCCAUGGCCGACGACCUGAGAGUACUUCUUUACGAUACCGGCGAAGGAAGAGCAUGGCUUGUACCAGCAUCACAUGUGAUACUACACAUUGCUCAAGCACGGCACCAAGCUGGCUUCUUCGGUGUUGACAAGAGACAAGUCAAGCUGUUCUCGAAGGACACUUCCGAGUGUAGUGCUCGCGAAACGCUCAUUAGGGACGCUAGCACCGUGAUCAUUGCGGACGAGAACUACCGUUUGAGGGACCUCGUUCUCGACAUUUGGUCACUGCUGGAUUAUCUCAUCGCACACAAAGAACCCCAUGACGCGACUCCAGGGAUCGAGCCUAAACUCAGUUUCCGAGAGGAGCUACAUGGCUUUGAAUUCAAGGACGUUGUACGGCAAAGGUCCCCGUUCGAAUUAAAAAGAGGUAGCAUCGCCAAAACUAACGGGGGUUGGGUCGACCUUGUUCACGACAUCGGCGCUCUCACAUUAUUCGCCAACGGUUUUGAAGACCUCAUCAGACCCUCAAACACUUGUCAGGACUUAUGCCGUCACUGGCAAAGUCUUCCCAAAGGGCAUGGCUACCUUGCGGUCACAGUGCAGAUGUUGAAGGACUUGUACGAGGUUGCUGGCUGUCCACUUGAUCGCCGGUUCUUGAGCACUUCAUGCUUACAAUGGCAUCAAAGCUGUUCAAUAUUUGGACAGUGCAAGGCUGGACAGGCAUAUCACUGUGGAUGCAACCGUCUCAGUCAGGUACUCGGAAAACACCACAUGGGCACUAUCAACGGGCCUGGCAGUUUGGGGCCCUACGAAGAAGGCGCUGUAAUCUUCGGCCAGUCGGGCACUCUCUUGGACAACAUUUUCAGCCCGAAAGUCAACCAUAAGCAGGGAUUCUACAGUCAAGAAAAUCAAGAUAUCAGCAUCCGACUAAAGCCAAAAGAUAGCGGACCAAGCGAGUCAUCAAACUCAGACAGCGGCUCAUCUAUUCACCAUUCAGACGCGAGCGAAUGGACGGCUGAUUCAAGCAUUUCUACCAUGCACUCCAAUGAUCACAUUGCUCUUAAGCUCAAGGAGACGAAUGUUGCCACAGAUCUGGGAUGCUGUGAUGUUCAAACCCCCUCAUCAGAACACGACCAAGAACCGGAGUGUCUGGCACCACAGAUGAUAUCCAAUCAGGAAAUUGCCAGAGCUGGACCUCAGAUCCACGGCAUGCUUUCACCCUCGUCGAACCAAGAUUCAUCAAACAGCACUGUUCGUACGCCAAAAGCGCCACUUUCUUCAAAGCCACAGAUUACAGGUGGUGCUGGCUAUAGCCUUCGCCGAAAACAUGGGCAAAGAUAUUUGGGUACAGGUUCGAACGCAGAAAGACAUAUGGCGUAG